CGAGGCAUAACGUGGAACAAUGUACCGACAACAAGGCUUAGAGCGUAGCAGCAGUGAGGCAUAACCCGGCUUUGAUCUUCGGUGUCACCUGUUAAUCGUGUCACAGCAGGAUUACGAGGCGACAACGUGGCACAACGUGGCACCCGGCCGAAAUUUGCAAUUAUUUUCCCCGAACGUUGGGAUGAGAAACGGGGCACAACGGCGCGGCCAAAACGUAAUACUAUGACUGGAGCUUAACUGUGUUCAUUACGUAUUUCAGUUUUAAGCAAGUGUCCGGAACAGAUUUCGCAACAGGACCACACAGAUAUGUCGGCCAGUCAGAACUCGGAUACAAUGACAUCACCACUAAUUUUAGCAGUGCUACCUGGGGACAGCCAUUACAGUUAUGUCUCGCAACAACUGGAGAAGAUUCCAGGGGCAAACGUCAGACUGCUCAGGAUUAAAUCAAUGUAUGAUGACCCAAAUGACGAGGCACUGGGAGAUUUGUCCCAGGUUGAGGUGUAUUUCGGAUCUAUGACUUUCUUCUCCAAAAUAGUCCACCGCUGCGUUAAUCUGCGAUGGGCUCAGUCAGUGGCUGCAGGAAGUGAUGCUAUAUGGAAGACAUUGAAAAACAAACAGCUCAAACCGUGGUUUACCUACACUAGGAAUGCAAUCUCGUUUUCUCAGCCCAUGGCAGAGUAUGUUAUCGGACAAAUCAUCGCCGUUCAUCGAGGGUUCUAUAUCAUGCGAGAUCAACAAACACAAGCUGUAUGGAACAAAUCUUAUCCAUUGAUGUGCAGUAAAGCCAUAGAUGAUGUUGUAUGUAUUCUUGGUCUCGGUGUCAUUGGCACAGAAGUGGCUCGCCUGUGUAAAGUGUUUGGUAUGGAGGUGUGGGGGGUCACCAGGACGCCGGUGCCUCAAGACCAGAAGAAGACAUUUGUUGAUCAGUACAGGUUAAUGAAAGACAUAGAUGAGGUUCUGGAAAAUUCCGACUUUAUUGUCAGUCUUCUACCAUCAACGGACGAAACUCGAGGAAUACUUAGUGAUCGGCGCUUUUCAGUGUGUAGGAAGAAACCUGCCUUUAUAAACGUUGGCCGGAGUGAUGUAACCGAUGAAGACAGCAUUCUCGAAGCUCUAAGGAAGGGCUGGAUCUCGUGGGCGGUUCUCGAUGUGUUUGACGAAGAGCCUCUUCCAGCUUCAAGUCCUCUGUGGCACGAGCCGCGCGUCGUGGUCACGCCCCACAUUUCGGGGGCUAUUUCCAAGGGAGAUCACUCAGUGAAGGUAUAUAAUAAACUUUGUCUUUCAACUACCGGCCUCAGUGGUGUCGUGAUAAAGCGUGAGAUUAUAGUAACGUUGCGUGAGAGCGUGAUGUUUGUUACAAAUGCGUGA